AUGCGUUUCAGCAACCUUCACAGCUUUCUCGUCAGCGGCCUUGCUCUGUUUCCCGUGGCUGGCAAAGCACAAAUCGCACCCUUGGACCAGUUCUUCAACAAGACCGUAUUUCCAAACGAACAAGCUGGGAAUGUCACCAAGUAUCUUGGCGAGGCCGCCAAUCUGGCCAAGACUUGGUCUUUGUAUCAAUACUUCCAGGACUUCUGCAUCACCCAGCAGGUGUAUCCUCCUCUGUUCCAAUUCCCCGCAGGCUUCGUUGAACCGUUCUCGCCUUUUGACCGGCUCAUUUUCGUCGGACAUAGUUUCGUAUCUGCCUGGGCCUACGACACCGGCGAUGGCCUCGUGCUAAUUGACGCUCUCGACAAUCCCGAGGAAAUCAACGCAAUCCUACUCCCUGGCCUCGAGAAGUUCGGCUUCAAGGGGUCUGACAUCAAGCACUGCAUCAUCACCCAUGAGCACGUCGACCAUUACGGUGGCGCCAAGUAUCUUAAAGAUACAUUCAACACGACAAUCUGGGCUUCUGAGGCUGCUUGGACGUCCAUGGCUGGUCUUGUAGAUGAUAUUCCCACACCGCCAUCCAAGGACGCCGUGCUUGGUGACGGCCAAGAACUCACUGUCGGGAACGUCACCUUCACUUCUAUCCUUACUCCCGGCCACACUCCGGGCACCUUGUCACUCAUCUUCCCCGUCUUCGACAAAGGCGUCUCUCACUUGGCUGGUAUGAAUGGUGGUACUGGCAUUCCCGGCGCCAAGGCCGAUCGCGAACAGAAAAUUCGGUCGCAAAACCACUUCGCCGAUGUGGCCAGGGACAAGGGUGUCGACACGCUCAUCUCUAAUCAUCAAAUUGCCGACCACUCGCUGUACCAUGCCGAUCUUCUGAACCACCGGCCGGCGGAUGCGCCUAACCCCUUUGUUGUUGGCGUGAAGGAGUUUGAAAACUACAUGAGGAUCAAUGCGCUUUGCACAAAUGUAAUUGCUGCCAGACAGGGCAUGGAUUUAGAUAUCUAA